GUUAAAUGAGGGGUAAAAUUGUCCAUGUACGUAAGUUUAGGGCUACAAAUUCAAAAACUUAGGGCUACAAAUAGGAAUUCAGAUUCCGUAAACCCCAGCCGAUUGAUAAAUAGCAAAUGUAAAAGCCUAACACCCGAAACAGUGGUUUCUUCGUUCAUUCUCCGGCCAUGGUCGUCGCUUCGAUCGUCUCGCGCUCCGUCCUGCGCCGCCGGGCCGCCGUCGACCCUCUCCUCUCUCGCUCCUUCUCUUCCGCUGCCGCUUCCUCUCACCGACCUCACCCCAUAUUCCGCGCUCUCCGACCUCUUGCCGCCGUCACCCCGUAUCUCUCCCCCGCCUCCGCCUCCGCCUCGGUUCGCUGUCUCGCUACACGGACGACUUCGUCCUCGCUCAACGAUCCUAGCCCCAACUGGUCGAACAGGCCCCCGAAGGAGACGAUUUUGUUGGAUGGCUGCGAUUUUGAGCAUUGGCUCGUGGUGUUGGAGAAGCCGGAGGGAGACCCUACUAGGGAUGAAAUCAUCGACAGCUACAUCAAAACCCUAGCUCAGGUCGUUGGCAGUGAGGAAGAAGCUAGGAUGAAAAUCUACUCGGUUUCAACUAGGCACUAUUUUGCAUUCGGGGCUCUUGUCUCCGAAGAGCUGUCGUACAAGUUGAAAGAGCUGCCACGAGUCCGCUGGGUUCUCCCAGACUCGUAUUUGGAUGUGAGGAACAAAGACUAUGGAGGGGAGCCAUUCAUCAAUGGACAAGCUGUCCCCUAUGACCCCAAGUAUCAUGAGGAAUGGGUGAGAAAUAAUGCAAGGGCCAAUGAGAGGAAUCGCCGUAACGGCGGAUCUCGCAACUCUGAUAGGUCAAGAAACUUUGAGAGGAGAAGAGAGAACUUUGCACCAAACCGGGAUUUCCAGAACAACCAGGGGCCUCCUCCUCCUCCUCCAAUGGGUGGUCAGGGCAUGCAGAAUAUGGAUGGCCGAGGUGCACCACAGCCUCCGCCACAGUAUCCUCAACGUAACAUGCCGGGGCCAGGUGGUCCUCCACCACCAAACAAUCAAAUGGGCCAUCUUCCACAUAACAUGGGACGGCCAGGUGGUCCUCCACCGCCAAACAAUCAAAUGGGAGGAUGGCCUCAGAACAAUGUGGGAGGGCACGGUGGAAGCCCUCCAAGGCCACCACCUCAUCACAACCCCAUGGGUGGAGCUCCGCAGAAUACUUAUGGUGGAAUGCCACAGACGAAUGCUGGAAGGAUGCCUCCGCCGGCCAAUCCUGGAUGGUCGAAUGGGGGGCAGGGGAACUUUCAGGGUGGACCACCGCCCAAUAAUGCAGGUGUUCCUUACCAGGGCGAGCAACCAAACUUCCCCCAUAAUGGCUACCCCCCAAACAGAGACGGGAAUGGGCCCCGAUACUGAACUUCAGGUUCAGUUUUGGCUGAAGACAUUUUGUGCAGAAAGAGGCUGUGUCCUCAGCGCCACGGUAACUGAACCUGUUUCUCAUCCAUCCCCUUUUCUCGUACUUGGUAGGUUUUCAGGUGUCCAUGAUAGGUGGAUUAGGGUCGUUUAAUAACGUUUGCCAGUCAAGAGGGUGGGUUGUCGUAUGUCAAUGCAAGCUUAUCGGUGCUUGGGAGGGAGGACGUUUCUAAUGUUCUUCGUGUUGAUAAUGGUUUUUCUCAGUAAAGAAAGGGUAUUCUUCGUAUCGGUACUGACUUGCAUCUUUUGUUCGAUUGAAAUACGACGUGCAUUGUUGAGGAUUUGUUUUUCAUUUAUGAUCAUCACUCAACUACCAAGGGUGGUGAAUCGAUUAGAGAUGUCUUGUUAGUUGGUAUUACUGGCUUCGUUUCUGGAAUUGUUUGUGCUUAAUUAUCUGGAGAUUAUAGUUUCUCUCCAACGUUAAUUGGAGACGAAGGGAGAGCUAGGAACAGUCUAAAAGAGGCUCCAACCGAACCGAUGCAGCAGCAACUUGCUGCGUUCUUGGUUUCUCAUCGUGAAUAGGUCGGAGGAAGAGGAAUCAGAUACAGUUUAGGGAAUGUCAAAAGGAAACCCAUAUAUAUGAAUAAUCAUUUACGUUGUUGGUUUAAGGGAAGUGGUUUUUUCCGAUUU